AGACAGGGAAUGCUGACUUAAGUCACGAACCUAGCCCCAGGAACGACCUGGAGUCUUUGAAACACUAAAAAUGCCCGAAGUACUCCUCCAAAUAGACUGGUGGCAAAAGUCGCAGGUGCUCCAUCCUGUCGUAGUUGGUUCUGCGGCCUUGAUAUUCGUAUAUCUGGCACUGCGGCUGUCGUCAAACCGGACGCUGGCGCCGAAUGACCUGUUCUCUUGGAUCGGCAGCGUGGUCAUUGGGUCGACGUUGUCUCGGAUCAUCACGAACGCGAAUAUCGACUUUGUGCGAGGCCUCUUGUCGCUGUGCACCGUCUUGCUAUUCGAUUUCACCGCGACAUUUCUAAUGAGCCGCUCGAAGACGCUUCAGAAGAUUAUCAAGGGCCCACCGUUGCUGGUUUGCUUCCGUGGGGCAAUCUUGACAAAGACUUGUCAUAAUAAUAGGGUGGAGCACUCGUCAGUUCUGCAAGCAAUCAGAAGGGAAAGACUAGCAUGCCUCUCGCAAGCCGAAUGUAUCGUACUGGAAACCACCGGAAAUUUUUCUGUAGUGUACCGAAGUUAUGCCGAGGCGGAUUUGGAGGAUGCGGAGAGGACAUUAUCGGACGCGAUACCAGGCUACUCCCAAGCCCUGGAUCAAUGGCAGAAGGGAGCGACGACUCUAGACCUCUAAUUGACGAGGUUGCUGGCGUAUCCUGCCAGAUGGGAUGAGAAUUCGAGAAGUUGCGGUUUAACAUACGGGUUGUUAUCGAAGAGAUAUUGCUGUAUCCCGUUGUCGAGAAUCGAUACACAUGUUUGUAAUGGAUGGAAUUUGUUGUAUCCCGUUGGAAUCCGCUGUAACCAAUUAAUACGGAUUUAUCGUGCUGAGGCUCUCUCUGAUCCGACCAGAGGAUCCAAUUUUCCAGACCCGCUCGUCCUGACGAAAUGCCCAAUCCUUU